AUGCCCACCGUGACCUCCAGUCACAGGGGAGGGACCCUAGAGGACGCGCUCCGCUGGGGCUCCCGGCGGCCCGGGCGCAGGUGGAAGCCGCGCACCGCCGAGCGUCCUGGGCGAUUUCCUCUCGGGCCACCGCGGGGCGGGCUGUCUCCGCCCCGGAGCGCGAGAGGCAGAGGGGGCCCCGCCCUUCUUGGGAACGAGCCCAGGUCAGGCGCAGGAGCCGCUACCGAAGCGGUGGAGUCCAGACCCUCAAGCUGGACUCAGCCGCUCAGGGACGGCCGCCCCAGGGUUCGCCGUAGCUCCCAGACGUCCGGGGGCGGCUCGCCGCCACGCAGCUCCGCUAGCCGGGCGCUUGACAGCUGCCCACGCCGGGAGAGCGCCUGGGUUCCGUGCGCGUUACGGCAGCCGGCUGCUGGACCGGGGCCUCUGCGCGCGCGACUUCGCCCCAGCGGCCGCGGCUCGUGGCUGGGACCGUGGACCGCCGGCUCCGUGCUCUUCCUCCGCACGCACAUCGCUGAGCCGCAGCCAGCCAUUGUGUGCUGCGGCCGCCGCGUCCCGGCCGCUGGCAAACUAGAGCCCCGUGCCGGCCGUGCCCUGGCGGGAGAGUGGGACCGGGGCACGCCUGGCCAUCGUGUCAGCGAGCUAAACUGGGUUCAGAUUAAGUCACAACAAAUAGCAGGCAUUUGGUUUUCUGUGAAGACCCUGAUUGAUCGGUCUUGCUUUGAGACAAUUGAUGAUUCUUCUCCUGAGUUUAACAACUUUGCAGCUAUUUUGGAACAGAUUCUAAGCCACCGGCUAAAAGGUCAAGUAACCUGGUUUGGUUAUGAAAGUCCUCGUAGCUUCUGGGACUACAUCAGAGUGGCUUGCCGGAAAGUUUCACAGAAUUGUAUCUGCAGCAUUGAAAAUAUGGAAAAUGUCAGUUCUUCUAGAGCUAAGGGUAGAGCCUGGAUCAGAGUAGCACUCAUGGAGAAACACUUAUCUGAGUACAUUUCUACAGCUCUGAGAGACUUCAAAACAACCAGGAGAUUUUACGAUGAUGGAGCAAUUGUCUUGGGUGAGGAAGCAAAUAUGCUAGCUGGCAUGCUGCUUGGGCUCAAUGCUAUUGAUUUCAGCUUCUGCCUGAAGGGAGAAGGUUUGGAUGGCAGCUUCCCUGCUGUAAUAGACUAUACUCCAUAUUUGAAGUUUACACAAAGUUCUGAUAGUAUCAGCAGUGAUGAGGAGGAGCUCAGGACGUUAGGAAGCAGUGGCAGUGAAAGCAGCACCCCAGAGAAUGUGGGGCCCCCCUUCAUCAUGGACGACAACAGCUGGUUCAACAAGUGUAAGAGAGUGAGACAGAAGUACCAGCUUACCCUCGAGCAGAAGGGUUAUCUUGAAGAACUCUUACGACUUCGAGAGAACCAACUGUCUGAAUCUGUCUCCCAGAAUAAAAUACUACUUCAAAGGAUUGAAGAUUCUGAUCUGGCCCAUAAAUUGGAAAAGGAGCAAUUAGAAUAUAUCAUUGUGGAACUUCAAGAUCAACUGACUGUGUUAAAGAAUAAUGAUUUAAGAUCAAGACAAGAGUUAACUGCCCACCUCACCAACCAGUGGCCUUCCCCAGGAGCUCUGGAUGCCAGUGCUGUUGCCUUGGAUACGUUGCUUUACCGAAAACACAAUAAACAGUGGUAUGAGAAAAGUUACCAAAGUCUUGACCAGUUAUCAGCAGAAGUUAGCCUUUCUCAGACCUCACUGGAUCCAGGCCAGUCACAAGAAGGAGAUGGAAAACAGGACACAUUGAAUUCAAUCAGUGAAGGUAAAGAAGAUACCCCUUCGUUACUUGGUCUCUGUGGGUCACUGACAUCAGUAGCAAGUUACAAAUCUCUAACAAGCCUAAAAUCCAAUGACUGUCUUCCAAGUCCUACAACAGAGAUAACAAGUCCAGGCCUAACUCCAUCUUGAAAAACUUUAUGGAGAGGCCUGAAGUUUCAAAAUUGUAAAUGUCCAAUUUACCUAAGUUUGGCUGCAGGGGAGAACUUCGAAGUUUUAUACAGUAUUGUUCUGGUACAUGUCUGGAAUUCUACCGCUUAGGGAAUUCAGUACUCCACAUAAACUUAUAAGGAAAGAACGUAGUAAUCCUGCCAUUUCUCACAAAAAAAAAACAACAAACUUGUAUUUCUCAUUGAGGAGGUUUUAAAUUGUAUAGGUUUUUCAAACCUUUCGGAGAUUCUCCAAAUUAAAAGUUCAUUGCAAAUUGUACAUUAUUAUUCAGCAGAUUUUUAUGUAUGUUUAUUCCAGAGACUUAAGCUACUGUUUUUUCCUCCUUUGAUGAUUAAUGUUCCAAAAGAAGGCAACUAAUUUCACUUUUUUUAUUUCCUACAUUCUGAUGUUUAAAUGCCGUACUUUCGUGUCAAGAAAAGUUCUUAGUUGCGAUUCCACAGCGCACUUUCAGUGUUCUUGUACCCACAGCCUUGUGCAUGCUGAGCAAGCACUCUACCACUGAGCUUGACUUCUGGACGCUCAGUUUUUCUUUAGCUCUUAUCAUUUCGUACCAACUGAACAUUCCACUUCACAUUUUAUACAUUUUGUAGGAAUGUGCCUUUUUAGGCAGUUACUAACUUAUUUGUAAAGGUCAUAGGGAAAGUAUUUUAUAUACUUGUCUUUGUUUUCUCAAGAUUUUCUUUAAAGAUUCUCAAUUUUAAAAUGUGAUCAGGUAGGCCUGAAAAGUUGGCACCAUUUCCAAAUAUAGAAUAACCAAUGUUAAAAAGGGGUUACAUCAGAGAGAUUCAAGUUCAAUGAAGAAUUUGAGAAGAUUUUGAACACACACAUCCAGGGUGACCACUGUACCUAACAAAUAUGUUUGAUAAACAAUGCUGUUCCUCCCCCCCCAUGUGCAACAAUGAAUCGUGACCUGUGUGUUCUGCAGCCUCUAUCGCUAUGCCAUAAUGUCAUGUUAACACGGAUGUUAAUGUUUAAAAAUCCCUACAUUUCUGCAGGUAGUUUUUUAUCUUUUUGCAAGUUUUGAGUUACAUUUGUCCCUAAAAAUUCCACCAUAUUGAAAAUGAAAAUAAAUGAAGUAUAUUUUCUAUAGUAAGUAAUAUGAAGAAAAUAUGGUUAGUUGUGCCAAAGAAAUUUUAUAUGUUUAUAUGAAGAGGCCACAAUACUUACUGGGAACUUCAUGUUAUUUUUGUUUAUUAAUAAAACAUUGCAUUCAAAUAAAGUAGCUUUGACAUACAUGAAGAAUGUUCCUCCUAAAAGUUUUUUAUAAGAGCCGAAUUUACCACAUUCAUUCUUUGUUUUAGAAAUGUAGGUGUGUGAUGGUUCUGUGUAGUAGAGCUCAGUAUCGUAACCCAGAAUAUAAAAUUGGAAGGACAGUCUUACACGGGAGACAGUCUGCCAGUCAUUUCAGCGACAGAGGAGGACGGGAAGCCCUGGAGUUGUCUUAGACAUGCCAGAGCAUUCUCAGAGCUUUCUUCUUUUUGUUUAAGGCUGUAACACUUGUAGAAAUGCAAUAUUCCUGAGAAAUGGCACCUUUAACUUUAAUCUAUUCUCAGUUCUGUACACCGCAUUAAGAAUGAGAUACCCAAAGCAGUUUUUAGUCUGCAUGGGAGGUGGAAGGCAGGCAUCAAAUGAAGAUGGGAGAGACUCUGGGAGGAUGGAGUGAGGAAAUGGAGGAGGAGGGGAACUUGGGGGACUUUGGCUGGCCCUGGGCACGACUGCUGUUUCCUAAAAAGUAUCAGGAUGUUGAAAUGACUUACUAUCCAUGAUUCAUACUCAGCUGAUACUUCCCUUAGUAAACUAAAACUGUCAAAUGUUUCCCUACAUUUUUAUAAUGUAUAAGGAAAUUCAAGAUUACUAAUUGGUAGUUUUUCAGACUUAGCUAAUGGAAACAGUAAUUUGUGCAUCUUAAUGUGCUGCCAAACGCAGAUUUGAACAUGACAUCUGAGGACCAUGACUUUUCCUUUCUUGGGAGAUUCCACUGUAAAAUUCACCUGCUGUUGUGAAAUUCCGAUUUCUACAGUUUAUUUCACACUAGUUGUAAGUAGUUUGUAAAUGUUUGCAUGAGGAAACAAUGUAUGUCUCAGUCUUUCAUUUUAGAUGGUAGUGUUUAUUUUUACAACCCCCCCCCAAAAGAAUGCUGAAAAUAUGUUGAUAUUUCCACGUGUAUUUUGUUGCCUUGAUGUACUACACUUGUUGCAUGUAUAUUAAAGAUUUUGUACCAUGAA